AUGGCUGCUGUUGGUGCCCUGGUUGCUGGCAUCAGCAUCAACAACAGCUACAGCAUGCCCAAGAUCAACCGCAACAGCAUUGAUAUCCACUUGGUUGCCAACCACGCCUGCUUCACCCCCAGCCUGGGCAUGAUGACGGCUUCAGGCGUUGCCAAGGCCUUGGCAAACAUCAAGUGCAAGGCCACAAUCAUCAUCAGCAACAGGAAGGAGGCAAUGCAGCGCACAGACUACUACUGUCAGCUGCACAGCCAACAGCUGCUUGAGGGCACUUGUCUUCUGUGCAUCAAUGCCACCGGCUUGGCCCACAAGCGCUACAUGGGGCUGCAGGACAGCGUGUCAAAGGUAGUUCUCUCUGGUGCAAGCAUUGACAGUUGGGCGCGGCAAAGUGCCCAGCGCAUGCUCUUGACACUGCAUAUUCAGCAGCGGUGCGGAGCGCAGUGGCGGCAGCGGCAAACCCUGCAGGGGUGGUGA